CAUCAAUUUGUUUCUUCCUAAAUCAGGGUUGGGACUCCUGUAGUGACAGCGUGGCAGGCGAAAAGAAAGCUUGUGCAGCCGUGAAACAAGUCACUGUGACAUACAGGCUCUGCUAGCGAUAGAUUCUUUCAAGUUCUUCAAGGGUGUCAACAUCGACUGCGGCAAUUGUCGACGAUGUCAAAUUCACCCCAAAAUAAUUCCGCCUCAUCUCUCCAAUCUAGUCCUCCCUCUGGACUUCUGAGUGGCCCAUCUGAUACCGAUUACCGCAGGCAACGCCUGCAACGAAUUGGUAGCUGCUCAACUGCCAAUAGCACAAAUCAAGCAGACGAUGAAACUACUGCGUUACGCGCAGUUCCCAGCAGCACCAGUUACGGGACAUUGCCCGUUGUUCGCCCGCGCCGCGCGUGCACCCAACCUGAUAUUUGGGUCCCUCAUCGUCAACCUACCCUCCCAAGCCUUCCUAUAACGCGAAGUGUGGCCGUCUCUGUUCCAAACUCUCCAUCAGCCUUCUCGCCAACAUUUGCACGAGACACACUCCGCAGUCGGAUUUCCCAGCAGCGGCCUAUAUCUGCUUACGAUGCCCAACUAGUAAAUUUCAAUACCGACACCGCGGACACUGACAUCGAUGUUCGAACCAACGGAUUCCGCGUGUGGUACUCCUCGUUCUCCUCAAUUGACUGGCUUCAUGAUGCGAUCAAGGACUCGGUCCGAUUUGCCCGGCUCCGGCGCGGCAAGUCCAUUCGCUCCAGAGUCCGACUUGUGUUCGACAAGAGCCUUGGAUGGAUCAUCGUCUCUGUCGUCGGGUUCCUCACUGCCCAAUGGCUGUUUGACAUGAAGCAAGGCUACUGCAAGACCACAUGGUGGCAUGCACGGCACUUUUGCUGUCCUCUGCCCGAUGAGUACGGGUCUUUGGAUGACCAUUGUCCCGCUUGGAGGACCUGGUCGGAUGUCUUUGCGUCAUGGACGGGCAGCGAAUUGGGGGGUGGAGAAAGUGCUAUACAGUAUCUUACGUAUACAAUUAUUGCGGUUUUAUUGGCCGGUACUUCAUCGCUCCUCACAAUCUAUCUCACGGCGUCAACGUCCUUCAUCACUCGUAAAGAAUCCGGAGUUCUAUCUCCGCAUUUCAACAAGAGUGGUGAACAGACCGCUUCGAGCUCUUCGCAGCCUAAGCGUGGUGUAAUGUACUACGUACGCACAAGCUUCGUCAUCCAUGGUUAUCUCGGCGGGCGUGUGCUAUUUACUAAAGCGCUUGGACUGGCUUUGUCAGUUAGCUCAGGAUUGUCUCUUGGCAAGGAAGGACCUUUCGUCCACAUUGCGAGUUGCGUAGGCAACAUCGUUAGUCGUUAUCAUAGCAAGUAUGAAAAUAACGAAGCCAAACGUCGUGAGAUACUGAGUGCAGCAUGCGCGGCAGGUGUCGCUGUUGCAUUUGGGGCACCUAUCGGCGGUACCCUGUUUAGCUUAGAAGAAGUCUCUUACUUCUUCCCGCCAAAGGUAGUAUCUUUACAUUCGGCCGUAACCCUCCGGUUCCUCAAUCCUUUCGGAACUGGUAAAGUUGUAUUGUUCCAGGUCACUUAUGACAAGGAUUGGCAUGCAUAUGAACUGAUAUUUUUUAUCCUACUCGGAGUUCUUGGAGGAGUAUACGGCGCCUACUUUUCCAAGUUGAACUACCGCUGGAGUCGUGACGUUCGUGGUGGAACAUGGUUAAAAGCGCAUCCAAUUGCAGAAGUCGUUCUUGUGACUCUCGUAACCACUGUUUUGUGCUUUUUAAACCCUUAUGCACGCAUGGGGGGCACAGAGCUUGUUUAUAACCUCUUCUCAGAAUGUCGCACAGGCAGCAAAAACAGCCAUUUUAAUUUGUGUGUCCUGGAUCCAAGUAAUUUCGACCAUGUCUGGCCCGUCGUGCGAGCGAUCCUUGUUGCCAUGAUAGUCAAAGGUUUCCUGACCAUAAUUACAUUUGGCAUCAAACUACCGGCUGGGAUUUUUAUACCCACACUCGGAGUAGGUGCAUGCGCUGGACGGAUUGUUGGUAUUGCUGUGCAAUGGCUCCAGUAUCAUUACCCGGACAGCACUGUAUUUGCUGUAUGCGAGGGUGACAUGGAUUGUGUCGUGCCUGGUCUUUACGCAAUGGUGGGAGCUGCAGCGGCCUUGUCUGGUGUUACUGUGAGUAACCGGCUCCAAGUCCUCGGUGCCACGAAGUUGACUGUAGAUCUCCAGAGAACAACAGUGUCGUUAGCGGUCAUCAUGUUCGAGCUGACCGAUACCCUCACUCCGAACUUCACCGGUCCUCCUGACACUUUUCACAGGCUAUCUCAACUUCCGUACCUAGAUGCUAAACAUGAAUACCUGUGGUCAAAUCUGUCCAUCAAGGAAGUGACCGAUCGAGAUGUGGAUGUGAUCAGGGUUGACCGACACAAUACCGUUGAAAGUCUUCGGGACCAAUUGCAAUUACUUCUGAAUGCUGAGCAUGAUGAUGGUGGUUUCCCCAUUCUCAGGCCAAAUCGUGACGAAGAUGGUAUGCGCCUGGUUGGCUACAUUGGCGCUAGCGAACUAGAGCAUGCUCUCACCGUCGUAGCGGAGGGAGCAACCGAGGAAGUUCGCUUCCACACUACCUAUAUGCACGAGGAUAUGGGUACUUCAUAUUCGUCCUGGGUGGAGGAGCAAAAUAAAGACGAUCCAUUUGACUUCAGUGUAUACAUGGACCAGGCGCCAUUGAUGAUUCAGUCCAACUCACCUUUGGAGCUCCUUCACCAAUUCUUCGUGAAGCUUGGUGCUCGUUAUGUUAUAGUGACGGACACUGAUGGUGACUAUGAAGGCGUAAUUGACAAGAAGACGUGGCUAGCAUUUCUCAGCGAAUUGGAGGAGAAAUCAUGAACAAUGGACGUGAUCAACAGACACUCACACUGGGAUUAUUCUGUAGAUACUGGUUACAUACCAAAGUACCAAGUACGCGAUACUGAUAGAAUUCUGCUGUAAGCAUAUUUAUAGUUAUUGAUCUUAAGUUAUCGCAAUUACUACGUAUACUUUUACUACAC